AUGCCACCAAAGAAAAAAGAAACGAAACAAAAACUAACUGAUUUUUGGUCCACAAAUAAAAAUGAAGGUGACAGCACUCAACCAAAAAAGAAACUAAAACAUAAUAAUGCUACGACAACUAAUGACACUGAUGUUAUUAACAUUACUGAUGACAAUAACGAUAAAGAAAAACCAAAACAGCAGGAGAAGAGUCGUGUAAUUUUAAGAAAUAGAAGAAAAAGCAAUGAUGAUCCUGAAGAAUUCGAACAAGAUGAAGAUUUAGAUGAGUUAUUAUCGUUAUCAUAUCAAGAAGUUGAAGGAGGGGCAGAAGUGGAAGAAGAUGAUAAUAUUACUGCUAUUGGUACAAGUACUAGUACAAAUAUCGGCGUUACUACCAGUUCUUCUAUUGCCACAUCAUCAUCAUCGUCUUAUUCUGUUGGAUCUGAAAUUAGAUCAAAAUUAGUAUUUCAUUACGAUGAUCUUAGUGAAGAAGAGAGAAUUCUUAUCGCUUUCGAUAUGGAUUACACAUACGGACCAUGCGUAGGAUUAACGAGACUACAAAGAUGGAACAGAGCAAGCAAACUCGGACUGCAGCCACCAGCUCAAGUUAAAGAAUUAUUAUCAGGACCCUGCACUACAAAUCUUAUUGAAUGUGUGUUCUAUGGAAGGCUUUAG